CACGGCUUCAUUUGCGCGCUGCUCCGCUUCUUUUUUUUUAUGUCGCGUCCCAUCCACUAAGGGAGGCAAAUAGAAGAAUUGGACUCGAUACUUCUAUUUUCUGGCCGCUGUCCAGGGGAGGGGGCGUCUAUUCCGCAUCCCCUGCAUGCUCCUCCCGCCCGCCUCUGCGCUGGAGGAGAGCCGCAGACCAACAGGCUGGGUGGGGGCGGUGGGGGGGCCGGAGAGAGACGGACAGUGAGGGGCGAUGGCGGCCGGUGCGGGAUGCGCAGAGUCGGCGGAUCAGUACCGGGCCGAGGUGGAACGGUUGGCCCAGGAGCUGAGCGAAGCGAACCGGGAGAAGAUCCGGGCUGCGGAGUGCGGGCUGGUGGUCCUGGAGGAGAACCAGGCGCUGAAGCACAAGUGUGGCGAACUGGAGAGCGAGCAGGAGGCUUUGAGGAAGGAGUUGGAACAAUUACAGGAGGCAUUCGGCCAAGCAUACAGCAACCAGCGGAAGGUGGCCGAGGACGGAGAAAGCAAUGAGGAGACGCUGCUGCAGGAGUCUGCCUCCAAGGAGGCGUACUACAUGACUCGUCUUUUGGAGCUGCAGACGGAGCUGACCGUGAGCCGCUCCGUGACUUCCAACACCCAGUCGGAAAAUGAGAGGCUCAACGCAGUCGUGCUGGAGCUGCGAGAGAGUAAUGAGAUGCUGGAGCUCCAGAAGAGUAGGAUGAGGGAGGAGAUCAAGGAGUAUAAGUUCAGAGAAACCCGGCUGCUUCAGGAUUACACCGAGCUCGAGGAGGAGAACAUCACCUUGCAGACGUUGGUCUCGACGCUCAAACAGAGCCAGGUGGAGUAUGAGGGUCUCAAGCAUGAGAUUAAGGUGCUGGAGGAGGAGACUGUUCUGCUCAACAGCCAACUUGAAGACGCUUUACGACUGAAAGAAAUCUCUGCGGGACAACUGGAGGAGGCCCUGGAUGCCCUCAAGAUUGAGCGGGAGCAGAAGAACAAUCUGCGAAAAGAGUUGGCCCAUCACCUAAGCCUGAGUGACAGCGUCUACGGGGCAGGUGCCCAUAUUGCCCUCACUGUCACCGCCGUCGAAGGCCUCAAGUUCCCAGAGGAGGUCAACGGAAGCGCCGGCGCUAACAGCAGCAACGGCAGCGUUAUCGCCGCUGUCAACGGCAACGAUGACGACGGUUGUCGACACAACGGCCACCUUCACGCAGACGCCGUGUUGGCCCAAAUGAAUGGAGACUAUCGUACGGGCAGAAAGAGCGAGGGUCUGCACCCGGUGCCAGACCUGUUUAGUGAGCUCAACCUCUCAGAGAUGCAGAAGCUCAAGCAGCAACUCAUACAGGAAGAGCGUGAGAAAGCGGCGCUGCUCUUGAACCUGCAGGAGUCGCAGACCCAGUUGCAACACACACAAGGCGCCCUAACUGAGCAGAGUGAGCGCGUCCACCGACUCACGGCGCACAUCAAUGCCACGAAGCAUCUGAACGGUGGCCAAGAGCCGGAUGACCCUCAAGAGAGUGAGAAACCUGCUGACGGCCUCCCGUCACCACAAGCCGAUGGUCAUCGCGACGUGGACAUACACGGGUUGGAGUUUCUGGAGUGUAAAUACAAGGUGGCUGUGACAGAGGUGAUCGACCUGAAAACAGAGCUGAAGGCCUUGAAGGAGAAAUACAGCCAGGCUGCGGAGGCGCACACAGAUGGCCAACAGGUAACCCGUUUGGAAAGCAGUUUACGGGAAGGCCGAGAGAGGUUGGCGAGCCUGGAGGCGGAGCUGCGAGCGUCCGUGAGCACUGCCGCAGAGAGCCAGGCCCUGCUGAACACAGCACAGGACGAGCUGGUGACCUUCAGCGAGGAGCUGGCUCAGCUCUACCACCAUGUGUGUCUGUGCAAUAACGAGACACCCAACCGCAUCAUGCUCGACUAUUACCGCCAGAGUCGAGUCACGCGCAGCGGCAGCCUUAAAGGCUCUGAAGACCCGCGGGCUUUACUUUCACCUCGCCUGGCUCGACGCCUGGCUGCAGUUUCGGCGCUCUGCUCCUCUGAGGCUCAACGUAGUCCAAUGGACUCCCCGUCAAAGGAGAGCCGUGACAGUGACACGGCCACCAACCCAGCGGACUCCCCAGCUCAACACGGUAGCCCCAACCGCAACCCCAUCAGCUCCCCUGUCAUCAGCAUGUCCCCUUGCUCGUCUCCAGUGCCCUCUGAGGCCGGCGGAGACCUACGGAAGGAGCCCAUGAACAUCUACAACUUGAAUGCCAUCAUCAGAGACCAGAUCAAGCACCUGCAGAGGGCUGUGGACCGCUCCCUGCAGCUGUCCAGGCAGAGGGCUGCAGCCAGAGAGCUAGCACCCAUGCUUGAUAAAGACAAGGAGUUGUGCAUGGAGGAAAUCCUUAAGCUCAAGUCCCUUCUUAGUACCAAGAGAGAGCAGAUAGCCACACUCAGACUGGUUCUGAAGGCCAACAAACAGACGGCAGAGGUAGCACUGGCCAAUCUAAAGAGCAAGUAUGAGAAUGAAAAGACCAUGGUGACAGAGACGAUGAUGAAGCUGAGGAACGAGCUGAAGGCCCUGAAAGAGGACGCCGCCACAUUCUCCUCUCUCAGAGCAAUGUUUGCCACGAGGUGUGAUGAAUAUGUCACCCAGCUAGAUGAGAUGCAGAGGCAACUUGCAGCAGCAGAAGAUGAGAAGAAGACAUUAAACUCUCUCCUGCGUAUGGCCAUCCAACAGAAACUGGCCUUGACCCAACGGCUGGAGGAUCUCGAGUUUGAUCGUGAGCAGAUCCAUCGUGGCCGCGGUGCUAAAGUGCCCAAGAUAAAAAGCAACCCCCCAAAAUUUUUUGUAGAUUGUCAGCAGCCUGCUGCCUCAGUAUCGUCACACGCCACGCAGCUGAGGCGAGAGAGACUUUCCUUUGCCUACAGUCCGAAAUUUCGUGCUGACCUCCAACAACACCAAGCGGUUUUGUCCAGCAGCAGGAGCCUCCUUUUCUCUCCUUGUGACCUUCGUAACUGCCUGCCCCACCGACCCCAGCCCCCCGGCACAUGACCCCUGCCGAGCGGACGUGGUGCUCCCAUACUUGGGUCCGCCGUGACCCAGAAGUGCUUCCCGGCCCACUGGUUCACUGUGUUGCGAAAGCCGAGGACGAGACAGAGGCCAACACGCGAGAGUGACAAAUCACGUGACUCGUUUCCCCUGUUCGUAUUUAUUAUUUUUCAAUGUUAUUCAUGUUGAUUAUUUAUUUAUUAGAUAUUUCUUACUGAAAUGGUGUUCUUCUCUUGACUGGUCAUUCUUCCACUGUGACGGGAUUUUAUGACACCCAGACAACGCAGUAUUAAUAGGUGGAUUUUACCAGUGUUAAAUUGAUAAUGUAAUUUUAAAUCAAUAGUACAAUUAGGUUUGCCAUCAAGCGAGCAAAGUCCAUUCGAAGAAUUUCUUGUGGUCAUUUCUGGAUUUAAAGGAUCUUCCUAACCUCACCAGUUUUUCUUUGGAUGCUUUUUUUUUUUUUUUUUUUUUUUUUUUGCAAAGCAUGACACUUUUGCUACAUUUAAAAAAAUGUUUUUUUUAAAGUUUAGCGCGGCCUCCGGGGACGUGACUUGAUCUGUGCUUAGCUCAGUUUCUCGUUCGAUGAGCGUGCUUGAGAUGAGGGCUGCUGGCCCGAGUUUUUGCCUUUUGAGUUGCACAGGUUCAAGUGACCACGUAGGGACCAGACCUCCACUUUUUUUAUAUAUAUAUAUAUAUAUAUAUAUAUAUAUAUAUAUAUAUAUAUAUAUAUAUGUCAACAGUAAUCAAAUAAGGUGUGCCUCUUCUUCAGUUACAUAUUAGUUUGUUAUAUUUAUUUGUCUUUUCAGCAAGAUCUUGGACUGUUUUAUUCGAAGGUUACAAAAUAAAACUUUCGAUGUGAAUUUUGAGUUUUGCUGGGGAACUAACUAGAAAUAUUCAAAGUUGUGCGUGUAUAAAAGAAUAUAUGGGCAUUGUUUAGAAAUUUGAGUGAAUGCUACGAACAGGAACCUAUACAAACUUAAAUAUGACAUCCUUAUUUGCCUUCCUGCAACACAUUAUGAUGGUGAUCCGUUUGUAUGGCUUUCCUCAUUCUUCCGCCACACAGUAUGCAGUACUCUCCAAGCACAACUGAGCCACCAUGCAUUCCAGCAAUAUAGACUCACACCCACCAGAAACAGUCGACCUCAUUCUCGUUCCUACUCCCGUCAUCAUAACGACACUAUCUACCAAGUCGGUUAAACGGAUUGUUUCUUAACUGACUUCUGAUCCGAGACGAGUGACUGGGACAGCUAGCCUUUUUAAUGUGUUUCUCCUUUUUUUGUUUUCAUUUUGUAGCCUCAUGCUGUGUUUAACAUUGACGUGUCUUCACCACUCAGAACUGAAAUUCUAGUUAGACAUGAAUGACAUGGAUGAACUGAAGACAGUGCAAUGUUUUUAAAAUGUAUUUCUGAAUGAUUUGGUUCUUGUUGUUUCUCUGUACAUUUGUAAUACUUGUACCCAUGCUGGCUCACUGGUGACCAACCUGUCUUGGUCUGUUUGCACAAUAUAGCAGCAUAGAAGACGAGAGACUAAAAAUGUUUUUAGAAUAAAAUAGCAAUAUGCUGGAGUUGCAAUCGAUUUUUCUCUCU